CAUAGAUUGAUUGCUUCUCGGUUACACGAGCUACCUUACGCGUGUGUUUGGUUCAUUGUUGCAAAUGCGUGUGUGCACUGUGAUAUGAUUUUACGUAGCAUUUGAGAAAAAAAUAUGUCGAAGUACAAUCCUGUGACUCAUGUCAUUUUUGACAUGGACGGUCUUCUUUUAGACACUGAAAGGUUAUACACUGAAGCCACUCAGAUGCUAUUGGACGAGUAUGGAGAAAAGUUCACUUGGGAAAUCAAGAAUAAACAAAUGGGGAAGAAAGCUGUAGAAGCAGCCAGAAUUAUCAUUGGUGCUGAAAAGCUAGUUCAUCACCUUCACCGCAACAAUAUCCCCAUAUGUGUGGCAACAGGGUCAUCAAAGAUGAACUACGAGAUGAAGACACAGAAGCACAAGGAUUUCUUCAGUUUGUUUCAUCAUGUGGUGCUGAGUUCGGAUGACCCGGAAGUCACACACGGGAAGCCUGCUCCAGACUGCUUCCUGGUGGCAGCCAGAAGGUUUGAGGACAAACCGUCCCCUGAGAAGGUUUUGGUGUUUGAGGAUGCCACCAACGGUGCUCUCGCCUCAGUGGCUGCUGGAAUGCAGUGUGUUUGGAUACCAGAUGAGAGAGCUGACCAAUCACAGCUCAGGGAUAAAGUCACUUUGAUAUUGAAAUCUCUGGAGGAAUUUAAGCCAGAAGAUUUUGGUUUACCGCCCUAUGAAGACAGCUCUUGAUAGUUUUUUUUUCAUGGUUCAGUGCCAAUCAUGUCUUUCUUUUUCCUUUCAAUCCCUCUUCCAUUGACCAGUUUUAAAUUAUUAGUAAUUUGUUGAAUUGUUAUUACUAAGAGAAAUCAAAUUUUUCGAGCUGAUUUUGUAUUUUAAUUAAACAUGUUCUCAUGUUAAACAAAAGAUUUUUGUCCAAGAAAAUAAUAUUUUUGAUAACUGUAGGUAUAGAAAUGUGCUUAACUUUAAAUCAAGUAUCAAUAUUUUAAUAUAUUUCUCAUUAAUUUCUAUCAAGUGACUGCUUAAAGAAUAAUAAGGCAGUAUGAAAUUCAUUUUUUUUUUAAUUUCCCAUUUAUUUAUUUGUUUAACUAUUUCUUUAUUUUUUUAUCAUUUUUAGAAGAUUUGUAGCUGCAUUAUUACUGAGAAUAUUGAUUGAUAUUUUAUUAAUAAACAAUGCAGAAGCGUU